AUGUACGUACAAGGUGGUGUCCCGGUUGGAACAUCUGCUGUUGUGUUGGCGAGAGGAGCAGCUCCCCUGGGAGCCGGAGUUGACCAGCCUGCUCCGCUUCCUAUAGCACCACAUCAGCAGCCAAGUAUAUCUACACAGGGUACAACAUACACUGCUCCCUCUAAUUCUCGUCCCCAUGACGAGGCUGCUCUUCCACAGAACCUGUUCGAUGAAUUACCAGCUGACGAGCAGUCCCCUCCUUCUCCACCAAAACAGCGAACUGCCGAGAGCAGUGCUCCUUCUCUACCAGCAGAGGCUGAGCCUCCACAGCUUUCUUUGGAAAGACCAUCGUCGCAAGUCCGAAGCGCCACAAGAUCCUCAGUGCUCUUCGGAAUCUACGGGAUCGGCGAAUCGCAGCCCAUGGUGCCUACGGAUCCAACGCAAGAUUCUACACCACCAGAUGCUAGUGAACCUUCAGCUAAGAAUUCGGGCGAAGUUCAGGAACCACAGCAACCUUCUCAGUGUCGCAAGAACAAUCAUCCAGCAAUCAAGAGCAGUUACAAGAACAGUCUUCAUCACUUCCGGCAGAUCCUCCUGUACCUGUUGCCUCAAGUACCGCAAUCCUCUCUAGCUGAAACUAGUGGAGGGGUCGAACAGCCCAUUCCCAGCACUUCCCAGACAUCACAACAAAUGGCAGCUGCUAAUGAGCAAAAUUUCAAUCAGUGUACCAAGCGUGAACCAUCAGAACCUCCUGCUGGAAAUCAUGGAAUGCCUGUCUAUCAGACUGUGAAACAGAGUCCUCCUGAAGAAGAGCAAUGGUAUGACGUGGGAAUAAUCAAAGGAACGUCAUGUCUCGUAACGCAUUACUUCUUGCCUGGUGAACAAUCACUCGAGAGUACAUUUGGAAGUGACUUCGAUGUCGGCAUGCAUGCAGGACAAGUUAACUUCCUUCGAAAAGCGGAGCUUGAGCCAGGAACGGCUUAUAGGGUAUAUGUUGGAGUUGAUCCGGAGUGUAUCGUCAACCAAUCUAGUCUGGCUGCAGCGUUUGUUGAUCAAAGCGCGAAGCCCGCUAUCAUCUUUAGGAUAGCUGCAAGGAACGAAAAGGGCUAUGGGCCUGCUACCCAAGUACGGUGGCUACAGGAUCAGAAACCGGUUAUGGCUCCGACGAUUGCCGCAUCCAAUGCUGCAGCACGAAUAAACCCUGUUGCUUAG